GGCUGGGCUGCCAGAUUCAACUGGAAAGGAACCAGUUCCCAGUCCAGCACAGCCCAGGAGCCGGGAGCGGGAGCGGGAGUGGCCCAGAUCUCCCGGACGGCGAGGGAGUCACGACACAGCCCACGGCCAGGGGCUCAUGAAGGGAGACAAGCGAGAGGAGCAGGGGCUGGGCCCCGAAGCCGAGGCCGCCCGGCAGCCCACGGAGGAGGAGGAGGCCCUGAUUGAGUUCUACCGCUCCUACCGAGAGCUCUUCCAGUUCUUCUGCAACAACACCACCAUCCAUGGCGCCAUCCGCCUGGUGUGCUCCCAGCACAACCGCAUGAAGACGGCCUUCUGGGCCGUGCUUUGGCUCUGCACCUUCGGCAUGAUGUACUGGCAGUUCGGCCUGCUCUUCGGAGAAUACUUCAGCUACCCCGUCAGCCUCAACAUCAACCUCAACUCCGACAAGCUUGUCUUCCCGGCCGUGACUGUCUGCACCCUCAAUCCCUACCGGUACACAGAAGUUAAAGAGGAGCUGGAGGAGCUGGACCGCAUCACGGAGCAGACGCUCUUCGACCUCUACAAAUACAACUCUUCCAGCAUCCUGGGAUCGCACCCCCGAGGCCGGCGGGACCUCCGGGCCACCCUGCCACAUCCCCUGCAGCGCCUGUGGGUCGCGUCCCCGCCCCACCAGGGCCGCAAAGCCCGCAGCGCCGCCUCCAGCGUGCGAGACAACAACCCCCAAGUGAACAGGAAGGACUGGAAGAUCGGCUUCAAGCUGUGCAACCAGAACAAAUCGGACUGCUUCUACCAGACAUACUCAUCAGGGGUGGACGCAGUGAGGGAGUGGUACCGCUUCCAUUACAUCAACAUUCUGUCGCGGCUGUCAGCUACCUCUCCGUCCCUGGAGGAAGAUGCUUUGGGCAACUUCAUCUACGCCUGCCGCUUCAACCAGGAGUCCUGCAACCAGGCGAAUUACUCUAAGUUCCACCACCCAAUGUAUGGCAACUGCUACACUUUCAAUGACAAAAACAACUCCAACCUCUGGAUGUCAUCCAUGCCUGGGAUCAACAAUGGCCUGUCCCUGACGCUGCGCACAGAGCAGAACGACUUCAUCCCGCUGCUCUCCACGGUGACUGGGGCCAGGGUCAUGGUGCACGGCCAGGAUGAACCCGCGUUUAUGGAUGAUGGUGGCUUUAACCUGCGGCCUGGUGUGGAGACCUCCAUCAGCAUGAGGAAGGAAGCACUGGACAGACUCGGGGGCAAUUAUGGUGACUGCACGAAGGACGGCAGCGACGUGCUUGUGAAGAACCUGUACAAGUCUUCCAAAUACACGCAACAGGUGUGCAUUCACUCCUGCUUCCAGGAGAACAUGAUCAGGGAGUGUGGCUGCGCCUACAUCUUCUACCCUCGGCCUGACGGUGUGGAGUACUGUAACUACCGGAGGCGUGACUCCUGGGGCUACUGCUACUAUAAGCUCCAAGAUGCCUUCUCCUCGGACCGCCUGGGCUGUUUCGCCAAGUGCAGGAAGCCUUGCAGUGUGACCAGCUACCAGCUCUCUGCGGGAUACUCACGUUGGCCCUCAGUGACAUCCCAGGACUGGGUCUUCCAGAUGCUCUCCCGACAGAACAAUUACACCAUCAAUAACAAAAGAAAUGGAGUUGCCAAACUCAACAUCUUCUUCAAGGAGCUGAAUUACAAGACCAAUUCUGAGUCGCCUUCGGUCACGAUGGUCACCCUCCUGUCCAACCUGGGCAGCCAGUGGAGCCUGUGGUUCGGCUCCUCCGUGCUCUCUGUGGUGGAGAUGGCCGAGCUCAUCUUUGAUCUUCUGGUCAUCACGUUCCUCAUGCUGCUCCGGAGGUUCCGCAGCCGCUACUGGUCUCCAGGCCGAGGGGGCCGGGGUGCCCGGGAGGUGGCCUCCACCCCCACUUCCUCCCUGCCCUCCCGUUUCUGCCCCCACCCCUCAUCUCCCGCCUCAGUGCCACCAAACCCUGCUACCACCCUGGCCUUGACAGCCCCUCCACCUGCCUAUGCCACCCUGGGCCCCGCCCAACGCCCUCAGACGUGGGUAUCACCAGCUCAUCUGCCUGUGCUGGAGAGGGGCUCUGAGGGGAAGGAGAGUCCCCUCCCCAAGGCAGGCAUUCUUCCGGGAGGGCAGGACCAGCCUGGGCAGGAUUAAAGCAUGUGUUGGGCUUCUCUCUGAGUCCAGCUGCCUUUGGUGUGGGGAAGGGAGCGGGAUGGACAAGAGGCUACAGAAAUGGCCAGGGCAACAGGGACCACAAGCAGGAGACCUGUGCAGAGCCGUCCCUGCUGCUUCCCCCUGAACCCCGUCCAGCCUCUAGGAGACUCUGGUUUCCUCACCCAAGUGCAGGCAACGCUCCUUUUCCCUCGGAUCAGCCAAGCCAAACUUGGAGCUGUGACAAGGAAUUUUCCUAGGAAACAAGAGAUAUCAGCACAAAACACAAACAAGGACACAUAAAGGCUGGGAUGGGUUUCCCGCCCAACAGUGGCUGGCUGCAGCCAGCCCCACACUCGCCUGGUCACACUGUUUCCAGAGACACAAACAUUUGCUCUUCUUGAGCUUGGGUGGGGAACCCCACCCAAAAGCCCCCUUGUUCAGUUCAUGGCAGUUCCCCUUCCCUGACUCCCCAGGGCAGGGGCUGGAGCAGAUAAUGCAGCAAAGACUUGACCAUUCUCAGCUCCAGGACUCAUCCAGCGUCACCUGCCCCGUGACCUCACAGAGCCACACCCAGCGCCUCUGCCCUCUUCUUCAUGACACACUCUGACCUCUGCCAAGCAUAUUUGCUCAACCUGUUUUCUUAGCCUGGGAACUUCCCCUUCCAUUUACUGGCAAACUCCUAUGCAUCCCUUAGAACCCUCCUUACGCACCACUACUUAUGCAAGGGUUUAUGCCUUCUCUUGUUUCUGCAGGACAGAUCACUUCCCCUCCCCUGAUUCCUUCAGCACUUGCUAACAUCCCCUGGAGUGCCGAGGCAGCAAUCUGUUUUCUUGAUCGUGCUCCUGGCUGUGUCAGCGACUGUGUAUCCCUCUGGUGUUACUGGACUGGUCACUCACCUCAGGGACCUGGAGAAGA